GGAGCCGGGCGGGCGGGCGGGCGGGCGAGGCUGUGAGGCCGGGCCUGAGAGCCUGCGGACAUGGAUGACAGCAAGGUAGUUGGAGGCAAAGUAAAGAAACCAGGUAAACGUGGUCGGAAGCCAGCCAAAAUUGACUUGAAGGCAAAGCUUGAGAGAAGCCGGCAGAGUGCAAGAGAAUGUAGGGCCAGAAAGAAGCUGAGAUAUCAAUAUCUGGAAGAAUUGGUGUCUAGUCGGGAGAGAGCAAUCUGUGGUCUCAGAGAAGAACUGGAAAUGUACAAGCAGUGGUGCAUGGCAAUGGAUCAAGGAAAAAUUCCCUCCGAAAUAAAAGCUCUCCUAACUGGAGAGGAGCAGAGCAAAUCUCAGCAGAACUCAAGCAGACAUACCAAGGCUGUAAAAACAGAAGCUAAUAACAAUUCCUGGUGAAGAUUGUUUCCAUUUAAACUCAUGAAUCAUUUGCUGAAUUGAACAUCCAGAAUCACAUGAAGAGUGGACAAGACUGGGCUUUGGAAUUUAAUUUGCUAUCUACAGUUCAGUGGUCUGAACAACGUGCAGUUGUUGACCAAAAUCUGUGAUUGUACAUGUUGAAGGCCUUGCUUUAACCUUCAACAACAGGAAAAUUCAGAAUAUUCAGUCCUCUUUCAUUUGAUGUUGAUAGCUACAGUAGAUUUGCACAUGAUGUGAUGCUUGGAAAAACCCAUGUGGCAUGGAGGACAGUAAGUUAAAAGACAGUAGUUUUGCACCUUAGCUCCAUAUGUUCUUUUCAUUUAAUUGUGUGUGUUGGUGUCACUUCAUUUACUUUGUUUUUUGUAUAGUCUUAUUCAGAGAAACCAAAUAGGCUGUUUGCUAAAUUAUAAGUUUUCAGCCUUUAAAAUGGACCUGAACUUCUUUUAUCAAAUUUACUUGAGUGAUUUGUAAUAUAUAUUUCCUGCAGGAACCACAGAUUUGUUCUGUGCAUCAUUCCAGCAUAAAUUGUGCAUAUGUAUUAACAAUUAUAUGCAUUUCUAUUUUUGUAAUCCAUGAUGAUCUUUCUGUUAUAUUGUACCUAUAGGGACAAUCCAUGUGAAAAGCUAUUUGGGGAAGCUUCUCUUGGAAACUCUUGUAGCUGUUCUCCCCAACUGUAUUUAUAAACUAUUGAAAUUUCCCCAUCUAUAUUAGCAAGUAAAUUAAUCAAAUUUUAAAAUUACUUUUCAGGUAUUCAGAUGCAGUGAACAUUUUGUUAUUGCUGAAUAUAGAGAGAAAGAUAUAUAUAUAUAUAAAGAGAAUGUAGACAGGUAUAUAUAAACAGAGAUAUUCAAACACUUUUUUGUACACUCAACAAGCUUGGGAGACUGUUGUAGAGAAAAUAGUUUAAAAUUAGCUGCUGGUCCUUCGAGAUCUUGUUUCUGCCUCAAGAUCUGUAAUAAAGUGAUAUACAGAUUGCUUAUAGCUCUAAUGGCUGCCACAGUAAUCAAAAUACCAAGCUUCUCUCCUGACUUGAGACUAAAAGACAUUGGGCCUGAUUUGUGCUUCAUUCUGAGAAAGGUACAAUAGAAGGGUUGUAUUUCUGUUCUUGUUCAAGCCAGAUAGAUACCUACCAGAGAGGAACUUAUAUCUUGUGUGUCCAAGACAAAACCAGAGCAAAUGAGUACUUUGGUCCCAUCCACCCCACAGCUUGGGGGAGCAGAGAGCAAUUCUUCCACUGACCUUUGCCAUUCAUAUCCAAGCCUACAUUUGCACAAAGGUUUAUUUUCCCCAAAAGAGGAUUUGGUAUAGUAUGAGGAAUCAGGCUUAUGACAAAGUAUAAAAAUCUUUGAAAAAUGUACUUGGUUUAAACAAAUACGAGUAAGUACUAGACACAACUUAAUAUUUUUACUCCUGCUUCUGUGAUGAGGUCCUUUAUCAUUGUCUCUUUCUUAGAUAAUUAGAAGUUGUGAUCUCUUGCUACUAAACCAAAAUUAUAUGUAAUUGGUCCACUAUUCCCUAUCGAUUGGCUUUUUCACCAAAUGUCUGUUGUGAAAUGUUAUUUUAGGGAAGAUAACAUCUUUCUUUGAAAGGUGAUGUGGACCAUGAUGGGGAGCACACAAGUGAAUAUAUAUCCUUCUUAGACUGUAAGGUAUCCCCUCAUCUGGCCUGAGAGCCUAACAACCUGGUAUUCUUUGGAGUGCAAACUCAGGUUUGCCCCUUUGGUGUUAUGUGACCACCAGUAGUAGACUGCUAGCUCAGCCUUCCCCUUUCCCCCUAAUUUUUGUGUUUAGGAGCAAUAAAGGGAUGAAGAAUAUUUAAUGUCUUAGAAACUGGAUAUGUUUUUGUUGUUUUUGGUUACUUGAUCAUACAUGUUUUCCAAAAUAUCCUAAGACUUCGUUUACAUUGUUUCUGGACCAUUUUGAAUACCGUCUAGGUAGUUAUUGUAAAUGUAAAUAUUCCAAAAUGAAAAUGGUUGUUCAAUGGAAUGUGCCUGUUAUGCUUGAAAUAUUUCCUCCCUGGUAGUAAUUCUGUAUCAUGUGGGGUCAUUUGAGCUUUUGUUAUAAUAUCUUUACAAGAGUUGAUAAUUUUACCCUCAUGUAGAGGAUAUGGAAUUGAUAUGAGUAAAUUACAGUUUGUUGUGCUUAUUUUAUUCCCAGGACUUUCACUUUGGUCUUUGUGGACAAACAGAUAAAACCAAGAGAAGGUGCCUUGGCUUUAAAAAGAAAUGUUUUGAGUACUUUGGAGAUUGUGCUGUCAGUGUAUUUUGGUUACUUUAAAGCAUGGUAAUAAAUGUCAUUGAUUAAAAGAACUGGAGCACUUCCUGUCCCAUUUCA